AUGGACUCUGUACUCCUCCUCCUCCUCCUCCUCCCUUAUUAUUACCACCUCCUCAUAUCAUUAUUCCUCGUUUCCCUAGCAGCAUUAUUCCUGAUCAGAAAAGGCAACAAGAAUAACAAUAAUAAUAGUAAUCGGAAGCUUCCUCCGGGCCCGCCGGGCCACCCGGUCGUUGGCAACCUCUUCCAGGUGGCCUUCUCCGGCAAGCAAUUCUUCGAGUACGCGCGUGACCUCAUUCCCAUCUACGGGCCCAUCUUCACUCUCCGCAUGGGCUCCCGUACCAUUAUCAUCGUCGCCAGCGCCAGCCUCGCCCACGAGGCCCUGAUCGAGAAGGGCGGCGUGUUCGCCACCCGCCCGAGCGAGAACCCGACACGCACGAUCUUCAGCUCCAACAAGUUCACCGUGAACGCGGCCCUCCACGGCCCCGUCUGGCGCUCCCUCCGCCGCAACAUGGUCUACAACAUGCUCGCCCCCGGAAAGGAGAUCGUGGCUGCCCUAGGGGCGAGGAAGGUGGAGGAGAAGGACGUGGAGCAAUUGCCCUAUCUCAACGCCUUUGUCAAGGAGCUCCUGCGCAAGCACCCACCCACAUACUUCCUCCUCACGCACGCUGUCACCGAGCCCACUAACCUGGCCGGCUACGACAUCCCGCCGGGGACCAACGUCGAGUUUUUCUCGCAGGCCAUAUCGGAUGAUCCGAAUGUGUGGGACCACCCGGAGAGGUUCGACCCGGAUCGGUUCUUCCAGGGUCGCGAGGAAGCGGAUAUUACUGGAGUGACAGGGGUGAAGAUGAUGCCGUUCGGGGCAGGUCGGAGGAUCUGCCCCGGACUGGCGAUGGGGACGCUGCAUAUAAGUCUGAUGGUGGCACGAAUGGUGCAGGAGUUCGAGUGGUCGGCUUACCCCGAUGGGGCCAAAAUCGACUUCAGUGAGAGGCUCAUAUUUACGGUGGUGAUGAAGAAUAGCCUCAGGGCAAAGAUCAAGCCCAGAGCCUCAGUUUAA